AUGGACAUCGACGAGAAGGUAUCGGGCCCGGGAGGUGCUUCGCAGAAGAACUGGACGCAUUUGAACACAAGUAAUGAGUUACCGUUGGAAAUGCGCUUUAACCAUGGACACAUGGUGUCUAUCACAGUGUACACUGUACUGAUGAUAAUCUCAGCGACGGGAAACUUAACAGUGUUGACGCAAUUACUGAAAAGGAGGAGGGCCGCCCGCGCGAGUCGACUAGAUGUUUUACUUAUGCAUUUAGCAGUGGCCGAUCUUAUGGUUACAUUCCUGAUGAUGCCGCUGGAGAUCGCGUGGGCGGGGACGGUGCAAUGGUUGGCCGGCGACUUCAUGUGCCGCCUUAUGAUGUUCACGAGAACAUUCGGACUCUAUCUCUCUAGCUUCGUGCUCAUAUGUAUCGCAAUUGAUAGAUACUUCGCUAUUUUAAAACCACUGAACGUAGCCUGGGAGGCGCGAGUUAGGAAGGCAUUAGCUACAGCAUGGAUAUGCGCCGGCCUUGCUAGCUUGCCACAGAGUUUUAUAUUUCAUCUAGAAGAACAUCCGGAUGUCACAGGAUACUUUCAAUGCGUUUCAUAUGGAUCCUUACCAACGGAACGUCAUGAGUUUGCCUACUUCCUGGUGAACAUGACACUGAUGUACGUGGCGCCGUUGGUGUCCACGCUGUACUGCUCAUCUGCUGCUUUGGCUGAGAUCAUUCGAAGAUCAAACACUUCAAAUGACAAAAUGCGUCGCAGCGGUGUCGGUAUACUCGGACGAGCACGAGCGAGAACUCUGAAAAUGACUGUCACUAUAGUCCUAGUAUUUUUCGCGUGCUGGUCGCCUUACUAUUGUUACUGCCUUUGGUAUUGGAUAGAUAAGGAAUCCGUAAGAAGCUUGGAUCCAGCGUUCCAAAAAGCCAUGUGGCUAUUUUCAUGCACAAACUCCUGUGCCAACCCUAUCGUGUAUGGCGUAUUUAACAGAAACCGCUGGCAUUCAGGACCGAAUGCAAGGUAUCGAACUGGCAGCAUGAGAAGAGGAUCACGAUUUCCAUAUGGCGACUCUAUGGAAAUAUCAGCGGCGACUCUAGUUCGUGCACGAAGCUCCUUCCAAAAUGAAAGAAGAGAUUCAACUUUCAAUUCCAAAAAUGGAACUCAAACGCAACUCAAUCAUAACAACAACCUCGUUGGUAACGGCAUCGUUUAA